CAAACCAGACGAAGGAGUCAAGACGCUCAUGAGACCUCCGAUCCCGUGCCAUGACAGCUCGUGCAGGUGUGAUGUCACUCUGGCAUGAAUGACCUCCACGUCUCCUCCUGAGGGCGCCAGGCCAGCCAGUAACCCCCCCAGUGCCAUGGCUGAGGUGUUGGGACAGAGGAGCUUGUUAGGCUUCGGUGUGGUUUUGGCAUGGCUGGUGUUGUUCCACCUGCUGGUCAACAUCUGGCUGCUGUGCGUGUUCACCAGCCUCCUGGUGGUGCUGGGCGGCUGGCUCGGCUCGCAGGCCGUGCUGGAGUCCAACAGUGUGGUUCACCUGGAGAGGUUUAUCACCCUGGAGCAGGUUCCACCAUCUGUGGAGGAUGAGCGUGACUUGGACCAGGAGAUCCACAACACAGUGAGAAAAAUCAUCAGGGACUUUGUCACCUCCUGGUACUCCACUGUGUCCUCUGAAAGCGCUUUUGAAACGGAGGUCCAAGAGGCCAUGAUCUCGAUGGCCAUGGAGCUGAAAAUACGCGCAAGACAGCUGGACAGGAAGGAGCUGACCCAGAGGAUCCUGGAUCUGUUUGGCUGCCACCUGCAGGACUACAUCCGAGCCAAGGAGCUGGUGAGCGAGCGGAAAACGCCUCUGACGGACAAGUGGAGCAGUGAGAGCGAGCGGCUGUGGAAAGCGUAUUCCAGCAUCACCACGCCUCAUCUUGCCAUGACCAGUGACGCAGAGGAAGUCAACUACACCAGAGCAAUCGUAGAUUUGUUGCUGCACAUUUUGGUGCCGUCGCCUCACUUGGAGACCCGCACUGGACGGUUUGUAGUUGGAGAGCUCAUCACCUGCAAUGUUUUUCUCCCUCUUAUUGCCAAACUGUCUGACCCUGACUGGUUAAACAAUCUCGUGAUUGAAAUAUUCAGCCAAUCCAGCAAACCAAAGGAGCCAGUAAGCACAGGGCCACCAGAUUCAUCACCACUGCUCCCACCGCCGCCUCCCGAAUCUGAGCCAGCUCCACUACAAGAAACAACACAUGUAACUCAAAAGGAGAAUGAAGUUCCUCAACUAAGAGCCAUGACUGAAAUGGUUAAUGACACAGAAACGCCAGAGCUCGCCGCCUAUGAUGUGAUUGACUCAGAGGAUGUGGACUGUUCACAGAACACCACUGAAGAAGAAGAACCCACGCUUUCCUUUCUAAGGCAUUACAUGAGAGGAAGCAAGUCGAACCCAUUUUACCAGGAAAAUGACUCGGACCUGGACUCUCCUUUGGGGGACUACAAACAGAGUUCCAUUGAUUCUCUGGUCAUGAUAGACCAGGAGGAGGGUCUGGAUGACAGACAGAAGGAGUUGCUUGACAAUAACGGUGUGGACCUGGAGGAUAGUCCAGUGGAUGGCUCCUGUCCUAAAGUCCUGGUGAAUUCAGAACCAGUAGGUCAUCCGAAUGGCUGUGACCCCUCAUCUGUAAGGACAGCAGAGGGGACUCCUGGCAGCCUCCAGGACCAGGACAGGGAAGGCGGAUCCCCUUUAGUAAACCCGGCCAGAGAGCUCCUCCUGGGAGUCGACCAGACUGGGAUUGGGAACCCUAAUGAGCUGACUGCAGUCAGUCCGCUGCAGGGCUCUUCACCUUUGCCGUCGUUCAGUUUUGAGCCCCUGAGCAGCCCUGAUGGACCAGUCAUCAUCCAGAACCUCAGAAUCACUGGAACCAUCACAGCGAAGGAGCACCGCGGCACCGGCUCACACCCCUACACUCUUUACACCAUCAAAUAUGAGACGGCGAUGGGCUGUGAAACCCCAGGAGGCAUCCAGCCGGGCUUUGAGGAUGCUGAAGUUGUACCGUCAGGUUGUGAGAAUCCGUCGCCCGUUCAGCAAGUGGCCUAUCACAUGGUCAACAGACGAUACAGCGAGUUCCUCAACCUGCAGACACGGCUGGAAGAAAAAUCUGAACUGCGGAAACUCAUCAAAGGCGUGAAAGGUCCAAAGAAAAUAUUUCCAGACAUGCCGUUUGGAAACAUGGACAGUGACAAGAUAGAGGCCAGGAAAGGACUUCUGGAGACCUUCCUAAAGCAACUCUGUGCCAUACCUGAAAUAGCCAACAGUGAAGAGAUGCAGGAGUUUCUCGCUCUCAACACAGACGCCAGGAUUGCCUUUGUCAAGAAGCCUUUCAUCGUGUCACGCAUAGACAAGAUUGUGGUGAAUGCCAUUGUGGAUACCCUGAAGACGGCAUUUCCUCGUUCAGAGCCUCAGAGCCCGACAGAGGACAAUGAGACGGAGAUAGAUGCCGGGAAAAUGAGUUCUGACAAGAAGAGCAAGUCUCGUCUGAAGUUCUCCAGUAAAAACAUGCCCUUAAUGAACGGCUCGGACAUUAGACCGCCAGUUUUGUUCAGCUGGGAGCAAACCAGCACAGUGUUAAACGGGAUGUCGCUGGGAGAUCUGCAAGUCUUUGUCACUGAGCAAGAAAACCUCACCAUCAGAGUGGAGUCAGAGUGGGAGGACAGUCCUGUAAUAAGACGAUUCGGAGGAUAUAUGGAUGACAGCCUGAGAGGAAAGCACAGUCAGGAACCAGCGUCUGAGACGGCUCUGGCUGAGGUGGCUCUGAACAUCCUGUGUCUGCUGAUGAAGGAGCAGUGGAGCUGGCUGUGCACCGAAAACAUUCAGAAGACCAUCAGGCUGCUGUUUGGGACCCUCAUUAACAGAUGGCUGGAUGUGAGCAUAGCCAACCUGACAUGCACCAGGUACUGGGUGGUGUACCUGCAGGUCAUACAGGAGGCCGUGUGGCCAGGAGGAGCUCUACCUUUGGACCCUGAACUUGAACGCAGCCAGCAGCAGAAGGACAGCACCAGGCAACAAGCCUUACACUGUCUCAUGAGACUCCUACCAGAUCUGGUCUCAGACAUGUUGGGCUCAGACAAGUACAAACUCAGCUGGCAGACUGCACUGGACUCUCUUCAAGACCCCGUCAUCAACAGACAUCUGGUCUACUGUAUAUUUGAUCUUCUGCUGGAGUUCCUGGUUCCUGAAAUACCUGAGGAGGACUUCCAGAGGAGCCUGUUGCGUACCCUCUCCAAGAACCCAGAGAAGCUGCUGGCGUGAGGAGAAAACCUGCAGAAUCACCGACGACCCAGCUGCAGUUUUCCAUCUAACUGAUCGUUCGCCGCUGAUGACUUACUGAGGCGCAGUGUGACAGCGAGGCUGCUCCUGUUCUACUAAUGUUCCUGCGAUGAGACUGUAAGUGAAUGUUUCUGGUGAGACUGAAUAUUCGGUGUCCCCGCUUUAAACUCCCGAGGCCCCUCAGGCCUGUCUUUGAUUACGUGUUGAUGUGUUGACAUAUGAUCUUGAACAUAACGUCCUGUACACACACACACACUUUAACACAAACUACAUUUGAAGCAGCUUUGAUUACACGAGAGCACCUGGUUUGUGUUUGAUCUCAGGACGUGUCUGACGUGCCGUUCAGAUCUAAACAUGUGGCAAAGUCUCCUCCAAUCUUCCCCAUCAGGCCUCUUCCCGCUCGCUAAAGUCUCCGGCUUUGACUAAACUCACUUCAGAUGGUCUUCACACUCUGCCCUCAUCCCCUCUCGCAGCUUCGGUUUAGAAAAACCCACACCUGUUGCUCUACUCUGGAGAAGCAGGAUUUGCGUUCCCCCCUUGCUUAAAUCUGAAAAUGCUCUGCUGGGAUUUAGCAUCACUGUUUCUAUUCUCCGCUGACCCAUUCCUCAACAUCCCACUGGCUCUGUAUGGAGCCGCACAUGUGAUUCUGACAUAAUGCGAGCUAUACUCUCUAAAUCUGAGCCUUCCUGAGGGAUCACAUGUCUCUGGCACUGAUUUUUUUCUUAACCUGCACAUGUCCAGGUGGACGGGAAGUACACACCGUAGUGUAGCGUGGUGAAGAGUUGGCCGUGAGAUAUUUUACUGGUUUCACAGAUGCGUCAUAGUUCCUUUAACGGGUCCCAUGGAGAAUUUUCUGUGCAGCUAAUGUCUAAAUCAUAGAAGAACUGGGCUCCACAAAAACAGGUAUAUGAAGGAUUUAGGAACGGCACUGGUCAAGGUCCAUUCUGAUACUGUAAACAGUGAACUGCUGGAGACUCACUUACUGUCCAUGCUAUCCCGUCUCUGAAAUUUCUGUCUCCGCUCAAAUACAAUAAAGGCUAAUUUAAUUUAUGGCGAUAACAGCAUUUAAAAAUUAGGUACCAAAAAUUCAGUAGCGUUGUGCCCAGAGGCAACGUACCAGUUCUUCUGGAAAAUCCACUGACCUCAUUGUGGACAGUUCGCACUAGACCUACUUUUUCUGAGGAAAUAGUCCUCUAUGACAACUGCUGACUCUUCAGUCUGAGGAUCUUUAACACUUAUCACAGCAGAUAUAUCGAUGUUGUGUUCAUGAUAGGGCUGGGCGAUGUCAAGAAAAUCAAAUAUAAUAUAUCUAUUUUUUAUUUAAUUUAUUCAAUACCAGUAUUGCAAUGAUGUUGCAGGGUUGACUUUCGAUAAAAGCCUGACAUGUGGCCUUGAGUUAAAUGACUUGGAUUCAAGUCAUUCUCAGUUAAAAAGUUGGAUAAGUUUAGACUUGACCUGAAAAAAUCAAAAGAGACUUGCAACUCGACUUGGACUUUAACACCAGUGACUCGUAACUUUGACUUGAGCGUUUUGACUUGAAAACACUUGAUUGAUACCUUCCCCCCAAACCCAAAGAUUAAAAAUCGUGUCAUUUUAAAAAAAGUGUGCCACAAAUCAAUAAUUUCGCUUCAUUUCCUGGAUCCACAGACAUGAACAAAAUCCAGUCCCAGCAAGUCGACACUAAAUUCCCCUGAUCCGCUUUGUUUUGACCGAUCUGUCAGCAUCCUUUAAAGAUGCAGGAGAAACGAACGCAACGUUACUGAGUGCCAGUUGGAAAAAAUGAUAUUAAUGAUCAUUUUAUUUACACCAAAAACAAGUAUGCAAAAAUUACAGAUCAAAAUGCAACAAUUUCCAACUUGGAUCAACAAAUAAAUAAUGAUUUUAAAAAGAAUCCUUGAUAUUUGUUGAUGUCAUAGAUGAUUGCUCUGUUUUUAAGUGGCAUUACAUUUGGUGAGGAGCACAACAUGACUUGUUUAGGACUCAAAAGUUAAAGUUAAGGACAUGAGACUUGACUUGGGACUUGAGAGCAAAGACUUGACACUUAUUUGUGACUUGCAAAAUAAUAACUUGGUCUCACCUUUAGUAAAGGCAAACUGCUAUAACAGUCCGUUAAGUUCAGUAAAUGACUUCACUUUACUGUAAUGCAGCCUUGAAAACCAAGUACUUACAGUACUGCGAUAUCCAAAAACUAAGACAAUGUGCACUUACAUAACACAAUAUCAGUUUAACGAUAUAUAUUGCCCAUUUCUCGUUUCUAAUGACAUUAACAAUGGCUCUGUUCUACUCAAGCGUCCCUGUUAGGGUUCGGUGAUGUGGAGAGAAUCAAGUAUCAUAAUAUUUUUAACCAAAUACUUUGAUAUCGAUAUUGUAACAAUAUGUAAAAUACUUAAAUAAUGAGAUUUUUGAUUUAAAAAAAGUUCAGAAGUUCAGAAAAUUAUAUCACUUUCCUAUAAUACAGCCUUUAAAACCAGAAACUGACAACACUUGAGUAAGUUAGGACCCUGUGGUGGCUUUUGAGUCAGUACAGGGUUUCCGCCAGUCAACUGGUAAGUGGAGCUGCACUUAAAAAUAUGUCUUUAUUGGCUUUAUUGGGUAAAACCAGCUGGUUAUAGUCAAAGUAACGUCAGUCUGAUGUCUUAUCGGCCAUACUAUAGUUAUUUUUUUCUCGUGCGUUUUUCCUCUCAAUCAGAUUGUCAAAACUUCAGUAAUUUGCCUCUUUUUUCAUCAAAAGACGUUUUUCUUUUUCUCCGUCAUUGCAAAGUGCCAAUCUAAUGAAUUACCCCAAAAGCAAAUAAUGUGAUCAGUUAAUGCUGCCAAAUGAGCUGAAUCGGACAUAUCCUGAUGUGCGUGUAUUCGAUUCUGUGUCCCCAGACCUCCUCCUUUUAAACAUAUGUUGGCUUUUUUAUUUUGGAAAUAUGCCUUAGCGUCUCUCUGCCUUCACAACAAUCAGCGCUUCGUUCCCAGUUGGACAGACAGAACAGAAAACUCACAUAGUUUACUGAAAAUAUCCAAAUUAUUUCACAACACAGAUGAUCCGUCAUAUCACUUAUCACAGCGUGAUGUCUCAACACGGCGUCUUAAAAUACCGCUGAGGUAAUUUUAAGUUGCAGCUGGUCAGAGUGACGAUGUCAUCCAGAGUAAAUCAACCUUUUCUGUCUCCAAGGGCCAAAAUGUCUUGCCUGAAAUUUGGAGACGUUGUGAUGUGAUUUGUAGUACUGCGUACUGCAUUUGGAGUAUGGAUCCAAAUGGGUUAUAUUAAUAUACGUAUAUAAGAUACAUCAGAUAUAAAAUAUGUCUCGUAUGACUAAGAAAUACGGGUUUUGAUUAAGUUCGACACGUUACAUUCCAUCUUAUAUGUUAAAAAAUAAGUAAAUGUUACAGUUAUUCCAGUAUUUUGCACUUGUAUCCUGGUUUAGUGGUCUCAUCCUCGUCUUAAAGACCUUUUUUUCUCCUUUCCAUUGUGUUAACUUGUGAUUUUUUUAAUCUAUUUAUUUGUUGAUUUACUAAUUUAUGACUUUUUGGAGAUGCCCGUGUUGACAGAGAGGAGCGUCCUCGUUUAUGAAGUGCUUUAAAGUUGAUUUUGCCUUACAAGGUGACUCGAUGAAGUCCUGCCCGCAGUCCUGCAGUGAUGCAGACGCAGGUGUAGCCACUGAGCCUGCCUUUGUUGAACAGAAGCGCCCAGUUCAGCUCUCUGUAGUGAAACUGUCUGUUUAUCGUGUCAGAUUAUGCCGAAUGUUGAAGCUGUUACAGUUUACUAUUGUGAAGAGAUUUUCCUUUGCUUGCCGAUGAAGGAAUUCCAAGUGUGUGAAACAGAAAAAAGAGCACAUUUUCUCUUUAUCUGCUGCUGCGUGUUGUAUUUUGCAUUAUAACAAAAACAUUUUCUUGCAUUAACAAGAUUUUUUUUCAUGUUUUAGUAACAUUUCUUGUCAUUACUUGUCUUAUGUCACUACACAAAAUCAGUCAAAUGUUUCUUGCUAUAAAAUAAGUUGGUAUAAUGUUAUGAGGAGUAAAAAAUCAGGUCAUUGCCCAAAUAGAGGACAAAGUAGUGAGUUGUGUUUAAAUGCUUUAUUUUAUGCUUGAAAUAACCCAGACGAUGGUUGAUUGGAGGGCUGAUGUUGCAGAUUGUGGUAUUUAGGAUCAGAUACUUUAUCAAGCUUGAAACAUUUACUAAAAAAUGUGGUUAAAUAUGAUUCUGGAAAAAAAUCAUGGAAAAAAUGUUUGGGGAUCCUUAUAUUUGAAGACCAUUGUAGAAGAGGAAAAUAUACUGAGAUGAUGUAAUCAAAAGAGCAAAUGGUAGGAGGAAAACAUGAUGGAAAUACGAUAUUCAUGUUUGUUUUAGUCUUUUCUAAGAGCCCACAGUGCCCACAUUAUCACAAAUACCAGUGUGACUUUGAAUGAGGCUGUUUUGCUUCUGUUAAGUAAUCAUAGAUACACAAAACAAUCCCAAAACAGCUGACAUCCCUAAUACAUGAAAACAUACAACCAUAUGUCAAAAUCUUUUAUGUUUUAUGUUUGAUCAAAGCUACAGUUUCUCUAUGGGCCGGACCUUUUUCUCAUUAUAACAAUUAAUAUACCAACUUAUCAUAUUAUAUUGAGAAACGUUUCUUGCUUUACUGAGUCGUGAUGAUUUAGUUUAAAACUGAAAAGGUUUUCAAAUAACUCGAGAUGAAGGGUGUGACGUUAAUGCACAAAAUGUUCCUUGUAAAAAAUAUAAUAUGUAGUAAUAAUGAAAAAAUGUCUUGUUCUAGCAUUAACGGAUCUAGAAAAGCUGCCGCACAGAUCUGCUUCAAUCAAUAGUAGAUAUUCGAUGUUACAUUUUUUCUUAGGAAACAAUGCGUAGUGCUGUUUGUCUUUGGAAAAUCACGUAUUUUAUGCCAAAUGUGAAUUAGAGCAGCCAGUGUUUUAUAGACGUUAAAGACAUUAGUUAUGUUUUAGAGAAGUUGAUGACAUUGUACAGGUCCACUGUUAACUGUAAUCCUGCUCUCUAUCACUCUUUUCGUCUUCUUUUCUCUGCGACGCUGUGUCUGGUGUUUAUCCGCGCUGUCACUUGUGAACACGUGGAGUGGUGUUGUGCAUGUUAGCACUUUCAAUCUGCCUCCGUUUCCUCGAACACGUCGUGUCACAACUCAACGUUCGCUGGUUGUUCCUGAGCAUAUUUGCAAAAAAAAAACAAAAAAAAAACAAUAAAGUUACCGAACACGAGUUAUUAAAUCUUCAA